AUGGAUGAUCCAAGUGAACGAACUUGCUAUGUGUGCAGCCUUCAUGAAAACAUCACGGAGGGACUUUUGAAGGAGCUGUUCUGUCAGGUGGGGCCACUCGACACAAUCAUUCUGCGUACGAGCAGUAGUCGUGACUGUAGUGCAACACAUCGUUAUGCAUUGAUCGUAUUCAGGCAUGAAGUGAGUGUCCCAUUUGCAUGUGAAAUGCUUGAUCGAAUUGAGCUUUUUAACAAACAAAUUUCGGUUCGACCUAAGCAGGGCACUCAGCAGGCUGUACAGUACUGGACCAACACUUCUGUCCCUGCAUUUCAUAAUUCGGUUUCUUAUCCUCUGAUGCCACGAAAAUAUGCAAACAGUGGAUUAUCUGAUCCAUGCAGACGCAGACAAAAUGAAAAUGAAGAGUAUUAUGUUUAA